AGUAUAAUAUAAUUACUAAGAAUGUUGCAUUUGUUGCAUGGGACGCUUCAUGUGAUCAUAUAUGAUGUCGACAAGCUGCAUUCUGGACUCAACUUCAGUAGUCUCAACAACCAGGGUGCAAGAAACUUUGGGAAGAAAGUUCUCACUCGAGUCAAGAGUGUUUUGCGAUCCAAGCCUCAGAUCGCUGGGACUAGAAUGUAUGCAACUGUUGAUUUGGAUAAAGCAAGGGUCGCGCGAACAAGAAUGAUACGCCAAACCUCUAAACCCAAAUGGAAUGAGAAAUUUUAUAUAUACUGUGCCCAUUCCAUUUCUGAGAUUAUAUUCACUCUCAAAUAUGAUAAUCCCAUUGGAGCAACUCUAAUUGGAAGAGCUCAUAUACCCGUUGAGCAAGUCCUCAGAGGUAACAUUGUGGAUGCUUGGAUUCCUAUAUUGGAUGAGGAUCGUCGUCCCAUACAAGGUGGCUCUAAAACACAUGUCAGCAUACAGUUCUUUGAUGUUACAAAGGAUGUAACUUGGUCUCAAGGAAUCAAAACCCCGCGAUAUGCAGGUGUUCCCCAUACGUUUUUCACUCAGAAAGUUGGCUGCAAAGUUACUUUGUACCAAGAUGCUCAUGUCCCAAAUGCUUAUCUUCCGAUGAUUCGUUUGUCUGAAGGAAGAUAUUAUGAACCUAGUAGAUGUUGGGAGGACAUUUUCCAUGCAAUCACAAAUGCUAGGCACUUGAUUUACAUAACUGGGUGGUCUGUGUAUACUGAAAUAACAUUGAUAAGGGACCUAAGGGGACCAAUUCCUAACAUAACCCUUGGGGAACUUCUCAAGAAGAAAGCUGAUGAAGGUGUUAAUGUUCUUAUGCUUGUGUGGGAUGAUAGAACUUCUGUUAAAGAGCUAAAGAAAGAUGGGUUGAUGGCAACCCAUGAUCAGGAAACAGAAGAGUAUUUUAGGAACACAAAAGUAAAGUGUGUUUUGUGUCCACGUAACCCAGAUGAUGGACGUAGCAUAAUUCAAGGUUUUGAGAUUUCAACAAUGUUCACUCAUCAUCAAAAGACUGUGGUUGUUGAUAGUGGAAUUCCUGGUGAAGGAUCUCAGAGGCGAAGGAUAGUGAGUUUUAUUGGUGGCAUUGAUUUGUGUGAUGGGAGAUAUGACACACAAGAGCAUCCUUUGUUCUCAACUCUAAACACAACCCAUUAUAAUGAUUUCCAUCAGCCAAACUUCCCAGGAGCUUCAAUCAAGAAAGGAGGCCCAAGAGAGCCAUGGCAUGAUAUUCAUUGCAGAUUAGAAGGGCCAGUGGCUUGGGAUGUCUUGUUCAACUUUCAACAAAGGUGGGAGAAGCAAGUUGGGAAGCAAUUCUUACUCCCUCCUAGCCUGCUUAAUCGGAUUUUAGUACCUCAAUCUUAUAUAGAGACAUCAAAUGAUAGAGAUGCAUGGACUGUUCAAUUGUUCAGAUCCAUUGAUGGUGGGGCAGCUUCUGGCUUCCCUCAAGACCCAUCUAAAGCAUGUGAGUUAGGCCUUGUUAGUGGGAAGGAUAAUGUCAUUGACAGAAGUGUUCAGGAUGGUUACAUAAAUGCCAUUAGGCGAGCCAAGAACUUCAUCUACAUUGAAAACCAGUAUUUCCUGGGGAGCUCAUAUGGUUGGAAAGAGGCCGACAUAAAAGUUGAAGAUAUUGGAGCUCUACAUCUAAUACCAAAGGAGCUAUCACUGAAGAUUGUGAGCAAGAUUGAAGCAAGAGAAAGGUUUGCAGUGUACAUUGUGAUCCCCAUGUGGCCAGAAGGUAUCCCCAAGAGUGGUUCAAUUCAAGCAAUAUUGGAUUGGCAAAGAAGAACAAUGGAGAUGAUGUAUACUGAUAUUGCUACAGCCAUUCAGAGAAAAGGAAUCAAUGCCCACCCUAGAGAUUACUUGUCAUUUUUUUGCCUUGGAAAUCGAGAGUAUAAGAAACCUAAAGAAUAUGUUCCUCCAGAGAGACCAGAUCCUGAUAGUGAUUAUAGUAGAGCACAAAAUGCCAGGCGCUUCAUGAUCUAUGUUCAUGCCAAGAUGAUGAUAGUUGACGAUGAAUACAUAAUCAUCGGUUCUGCCAACAUAAACCAGAGAUCAAUGGAUGGUGCAAGGGACAGUGAGAUUGCAAUGGGUGCGUUCCAACCAUAUUAUCUUACAUCUUAUGGCCCACCCAGGGGUCAAAUCUAUGGGUUUAGACGAGCUUUAUGGUACGAACAUCUUGGAGUUCCUGAUAAAGGUGAUGAAGCCUUUGAAUAUCCAGAAAGUGAAUAUUGUGUGAAGCUUGUGAAUUAUCUUUCAGACUUGAACUGGGAAAAAUAUUCAAAUCCAACAUUUAAUCCACAAAGUUCAUUCAACCACCUCAUGCGUUACCCUAUAGACAUAACCAAAGAUGGCAAUGUAACAAAACUACAAGAAUUUGAAUUCUUCCCUGACACUAAGGCUUCUGUUCUGGGCUCCAAAUCAACCCUCCCUCCGAUCCUCACCACUUAGUGGAUUGGUUGCUUCAGCUACUAUAAGCGACGAAGUGAGGUAUGGAGAUAGAGAUAAGGCCUGCAUGGUUGGCGAAAGCAAGUGGACGCUUUGUCAAUUAUAAGAAUCUUCUUUGAUUAAUGAAAAUGAUUGUUCAAAAUUAGAUUUCAAAAUUUCAUUAGGGUGAAAUUAUUGUAAAAGCCUUGGGUGUGUUUGUAUUGGCAAUUGUUGAUGUAUUAUUUUAUUUUUUUCAUCACCAAUC